AUGGCCCAGAAUAACACCACAUCCUCCAAUUUAACAGAUAAGAACAUUGUGGAUACCAACACUGGCACGACUAUAGGCGCCCUCAUCCUGAGCCUAGUCUUUCUGUUGGGCUUCCCUGGCAACCUCUUCAUUAUCUGGAGCGUCCUGGCACGUGCCCGAAAGCAUUCGGUCACCACCCUCCUCAUCCUCAACCUGGCUAUCGCCGAUGGCUCUCUGAUGGCCCUCACCCCAUUCUUCAUCAUCUACCUGGUUAUGAAGAAGUGGGUGUUUGGCAGUGUGAUGUGUAAGAUCCUCUUCUACCUGUGUCUGGUCAACAUGUACGCAUCCAUCCAGCUCAUCAUGCUCAUGAGCAUCUACAGGCUGGUGGCAGUGCUGUGGCCGCGGCACGUCACUCUCAUCACCGGCCGGAAGACUGUGCUAUGGGUGCUGUCGGUGGUGUGGGUGAUGGUGAUGGUCGCCUCUGUUCCUGCAAUGAUCUUCAGAAAUGUGAAGAAAGAAAAGGAAAACAUGUUGUGCGAACCAGUCCACAGUGAAAACCGCUACGUGGUCCUCCAGUACAUGCUGGAACUCGUGUUGGGUUUUUUAAUUCCCUAUGGGGUCAUUGUGGUCAGCUACAUCUGCAUCUUGCGGCGGAUCAGACAGACCAAGUUCCGGCGUCGCAUUCGCAGCGAGAAACUCAUCCUUGCCAUAGUGUUGACAUUCUGCCUCUUUUGGUUGCCAUACCACAUCGUCAACAUGGUGCAAGUAACAUGGGCAUUGUGUAAAGAUGGUCCCGUAAAAGACACACUAAAUUUAAUAUGGCACAAAAGCCGAGCCGUCACCUCUUCCAUCGCCUUCAUGAGCAGCUGUGCCAACCCGGUGCUCUACUUCUUCGCGGGAAAGUCCUACAUCCGACGAGAAGGGCUGGCGUUCAUGGCCCGCUUGUUUGAGGGCACAGGGCUGGACUCGGCCACCAGGAAGAGCCGACAGAACAGCCAGAACAGCCGCGACAAAGACAAAGAAGCAGAUGUUGUAAUGCUAAAGGACAAAGAUCCAGACUCUAGCUCUAAUACCAAACCAGUAAAAAACGGUAAGUAGAGGACACAAGAUUCAGCAGGCUUGUCAGGCUGGUGUUGCUCCUCUGGUGGGGGAAUUAAACCACU